AUGACUUCCCUGCAUAUGCGGCGUGCCGCUACAAUCGCUUUCGCAACUGCACUUUGGACUGGAUCCGCUGGCGCCGCAUCUGUUCGCCACUGCUUCGGGAGAGAAGCAACUUCAUUCGAUGGACAAUACAUUGACGUCAACGUUAGCAACGUUGCUGUGGAGUGGUGGUAUGCUCAGGCUGUCGCAGUCCCUGUUGGAGACAAUCCUGCUGCCAACGUCGAAGUACUGUUUUACCAAGGAUAUCCUAUUCUUGAAGGUUCUCGAGACCCAUCUGACCCCGAAUAUUACGUCACGAUCAACGGCAUCUUUGCCAAUGGUACCGCCUUCAACUUUAAUCUUCCUGCAUCCACUGGCGCCGUGACCUCAUGCGAUGACGCUGUGCAUGGUUCAUGGGGCGAAGUCGGAAGUUUUCACGUUGACGAAGACCUAUCAUCCUUUACUGCGACAAUAUCCGCACCUGCUUUCGGAGUGUCGGGGACCAUACAGCUGCAGUCAAACGCCGUGCACCACUUUGCCUGCAAUAGCACCGUGGAUGCCUAUUUCGACUCAGCGAUGUCCUCGGACUUGCAGCUUAAUACUGCCGAGGAAAUCCUAUUCGAACAGCUUGGCUGGGCGACCACCAUCCCGGGUGGCACAGCUCAUGUGAACUUGAGCAUCGACGGUACCGCCUUCGAUAUCAUCGGCAACGGGUAUCAUGAUGCCAACUGGUCUCCUGUACCGCUUAACGAGGUCGUCAGCAGCUGGUACUUCUUACAGGCGCAAGUCGGACCAUUCGACAUGUCGGGCAUUCUCGCCGUUCCUCUUAACUCUACGCGAAAUCUUAGCACGGGAUACCUUUCCGAGUCGGGCGUCAUCCUACAAAACCAGUGCAGCCUGGCCGGCUCCAGAACUACCGAUUUCAGUAAUAUCACAACUUACGGAUCGUACCAUGACUCCACUUCCAAUGUCACCUUGCCAACCGGCUUUAUCCUCAGCUACAUCACUGCAAACGGGGACGAGUACGCAUUCAAUUUGACAUCGUUGGGACAGAAUCCGGAUGAGACCAUCUAUCAUCGUUGGAUCGGCACUGCCAGCGGUGGGGAAGUGGGGGGAGCACAGUACACGGGAACCACAGUCUUCGAAUGGCUGAACCCGGGUUUGAAUAUCUACGAUGCGUGA